UCGCUAGUGGUCCGCGAUUCUUAACCUGCACCCUCGGUCACGGUCAUGCAUUCUUCUUCCUAUUUUCUUUCUUUUUUUUCUUCAGUUUAGGCUUUAGAAUUUUUAGAUCCCACUGUUCUCUUCGCACAUUCCAAAAGCGGUUUAUUGUUUUCUGUCUUCCUUCCUCCUCUUGUCGUUUAAAUGCUUUCUUUGCCUAUUAUACUCUCUACGCUCACUUCUAUGUUCUAACUUUACAACCUUCCUAGAUCAAGGAUGAAGAUUUCGGGUCGGAUUUUUGUCUGCUCCAUUUUUCUUUGCCUUCUCGCAUCUGGGUCCUUCUCCAUUGACACCAAUUUUAAUCAAGCGUUUCCUAUUGUAGAGCCCGAUCCCGGUCACACAAAACUUCGCCUUUCAAAAGAAGGGUUGGAGGCCAUUGAGAGAAUAACAACCCCCAUUGCAGCUGUUGCUGUGAUUGGUCCAUAUCGUUCUGGAAAAUCAUUUCUUCUGAACCAGCUUCUUUCCCUUUCCUGUGAUGAAGGUUUUGGGGUUGGGCAUAUGCGUGAUACAAAGACCAAAGGAAUAUGGGUGUGGGGAAGUCCAAUAAUAGUGGAUAUUGAUGGAGUAAAAACUUCUGUUUUCUACCUUGACACGGAAGGAUUUGAAAGUAUUGGAAAGUCAAAUGUAUAUGAUGAUAGGAUUUUUGCCCUGGCAACAGUUUUAAGUUCUGUUCUUAUUUAUAAUCUGCCUGAGACGAUCCGUGAAGCAGACAUUUCUAGGUUGUCAUUUGCAGUUGAGCUUGCUGAAGAAUUCUAUGGAAGAGUUAAGGGGCAAGAUGUUGCAUUUGAACCUGCAAAGCUUCUAUGGCUAAUCCAGCGAGAUUUUCUACAAGGAAAAUCUGUGCAAGAGAUGGUUCAUGAAGCUCUGCAACAUGUCCCUAAUACUAGUGGUGACAGAAAUAUUGACCAGGUUAACCAGAUUCGUGAUUCUUUAGCUAUAAUGGGUGAUAACAGCACAGCCUUCAGCUUACCACAGCCCCAUCUUCAGCGCACAAAGCUAUGUGACAUGAAUGAUACUGAACUUGAUCCACUUUAUGUGAAGAAGAGGGAACAACUGAAAGAAGUUGUUGCAUCAAUCAUUAGACCAAAGAUUGUCCAGGGUAAAUCUCUGAAUGGAAAAGAAUUUGUGGCUUUUCUUGAACAGAUUCUUGAAGCCUUAAAUAAAGGGGAGAUUCCAUCCACAGGAUCCCUUGUGGAAGUCUUCAACAAGGGAAUUCAAGAGAGGUGUCUUAAAUUGUAUAGUGGUCAGAUGGGUAGCUUGCAUUUACCAAUGCCAGGGGAUUCUUUGCAAAAAGCUCACGAAGAUUAUAGAGAAUCAGCAAUGAGGGUUUUUGAUGAGCAGCAUUUUGGUCGUCACCAUGCAAAGAGAUCAGUUGACAAACUAGAAGAGGAAAUUGAUAAGAUGUUUAAAAAUUUUAUUUUGGCAAACGAAUAUCAAUCCUCAAAGCUGUGUGAAGCCUUAUAUACUGAUUGUGAGGACAAAAUGGACCACCUUCAAGUCCUCAGACUUCCAUCAAUGGCAAAAUUCAAUGCCGGAUUCCUUCAGUGCAACCAAAGUUUUGAAAAAGAAUGUGUUGGACCUUCUAAAAGAAACUACGAACAACGGAUGACAAAGAUGAUGGAGAAGGCGAGGUCUCUGUUUAUUAAGGAAUAUAAUCACAGAUUGUUUAAUUGGUUGGUGGCAUUCUCUCUCGUCAUGGUGGUGGUUGGUCGAUUUGUCAUAAAGUUCAUUUUGGUUGAAAUUGGAGCAUGGAUACUUUUUAUUUUCUUAGAGACGUACACAAGAAUGUUUUGGUCAGCAGAGUCACUGUAUUACAACCCUGUAUGGCAUGUAAUCGUGACUACAUGGGAAACUGUCGUCUACAGUCCAAUCCUUGAUUUAGACAGAUGGGCAAUUCCCAUUUGUGUGAUGGCGGCACUAUUUGUGGUAUAUUGGCGAUGCUACGGGAGGAGGAAACAUAGUCCUCGAUGGCUGUUACCCGUUUACAGCAACCCGAAAGAUAGGCGGCGAUCAGAGUAAGACAAGACGAUCAACCCAAACCCAACCCUACCCUAGCGAGCUUUGUAUUUUAUUGUGAAAGCGCGCAGGCAGGUCAUAUACCCUUACCCUCCCCCCUCCCUGGAUUCAAGAAACUCAACAAGAUAGAUGAAUUGCUUUGUUGUAACAAGUGAAAAUCAUCGUAUUGCUAUAAAUUUGAUUGAUUAAUUCAUGCUGGUUGCAUUCCUUUAAUUUGUGUAUUUGUAUUGUAUGAUAGGGGACAGCUUCACCUCAUCAAUUUUGUCCAAUAAACCACGAUUUGGUGUAGUUUCCACUUUAACA